AUGCCCUUCAUUUUCGCCUGGCUUCGGCGGGUCUACUCGCUAGACACCCUUGACACUCGUUUUACCUCCUCCGCAACCCCUUCCCACCCCGACACGCGACCCUCUUCCGCUAAAGAUGCCCGCGCCAAUGCAACCGCCCAGGGCGCGUCACCUUCACUUUGGCGCACACCAGAAUUCUUUGUCUACUACUUGUUCUUUAUUAUACUUGUCCCGUUGAUGUUUAAGACUGUCAUCGAUGCCUCGAAGGAAAGUCACCCAGGCUACUCCACAUACUCUCACCUUUUAUCGCCCGGUUGGAUCCCUGGUCGUAAGGUGGACAACUCCGAUUCGCAAUAUGAAGGCUUCCGCGACAAUAUCCCUGUACUUCUACUACUCCUAAUCGCCCAUCCUUUGAUUCGCCGUGUUUAUCAGUCGUAUGCGAACCGCUCGAAAGUGGGAACAAAACAAUUGAGUCCUUCUGUGGUUAGCACGGGUGAUGCUCAACUUGAACAGCGAAUGCGUUUCGAUUUUUGGUUCGGACUAGUCUUCAUAACAGCACUUCAUGGAGUAUCCGCUCUAAAAGUGUUAUCAAUUCUGUAUAUCAACUUCCGAAUCGGCAAGGAUGUUCCUCGUUCCUACGUGCCUACCGCCACGUGGGUAUUCAACAUCUGCGUCUUGUUUGCCAAUGAGUUCAGCGGUGGCUACUCCCUCGUGCGGAUAGCAAAGGUCUUCGCCCCUGGGUCUGGGAUGUCAGAAGAUAGUACCACCAUGCUAGUCCAAUGGGCUCAGACUCUAGAUGAUCUUGGAGGACUGAUGCCGCGAUGGGAGGUUCUUUUCAAAGUCACGGUGCUGCGCCUCAUCAGCUUCAACAUGGACCGCCACUGGAGUGUAGACUACCCUGCGGCAAGUCCAAUUGAAAAGCAGCUAGACCCCGCGGCCCUCUCUGACCGUGACCGGGUCAAGAUCCCCGCAGAACCAGCCGCUUUUACAUUCCGCAACUACAUCGCCUAUAUGCUCUACUCACCGUUGUAUUUGGCUGGUCCCAUCCUGACAUUCAACGACUACGUUUCUCAACAGCGAUAUACAGCGGCAUCACUCACCCGAGCUCGCAUCAUCAUGUAUGCCGUCCGCUUUGGCCUCACUCUGCUCUGCAUGGAGGUUAUCCUCCACUAUAUUUAUGCGGUAGCAAUCUCCAAAGCUGAGCCAGACUGGUCUGUCUUUACCCCGGGGCAAUUAAGUAUGCUCGCUUUCUUCAACCUGCAUAUAAUCUGGCUGAAACUCCUCAUCCCCUGGCGAUUCUUCCGUCUCUGGGCCCUCAUGGACGGGAUUGACCCACCAGAAAACAUGGUCCGCUGCAUGUCCAAUAACUACUCCGCCCUCGCUUUUUGGCGCGGCUGGCACCGCUCCUACAACCGCUGGAUCGUCCGCUACAUCUACAUCCCACUCGGCGGUGGCGGCGGUGGACGACGCCCACCUGGAGCACCCAAACCAUCUUCACCACCUCAGUCCAACUUUAUGGGCAAGUUCUUGCAAAUCCGCAACUUCCUGCUGGUCUUCACCUUCGUCGCCUUAUGGCACGAUAUCAACCUCCGCUUGCUCAUGUGGGGCUGGCUCGUUACUCUCUUCGUUCUACCAGAAGUUCUGGGCGGCAUGCUUUUCCCGGCCCACCGCUGGCGCUCUCGUCCCACUAUGUACCGUGUCAUCUGUGGCAUUGGCUCCGUUGGCAACGUCCUUAUGAUGAUCAUUGCAAACUUAGUCGGCUUUGCGCUGGGUCUGGAUGGAUUAAAGGAUCUGCUUGCCAGCCUAACAGGCUCAUACUCUGGCAUUGCGUAUAUGAUUUCCUGUUGCGUAGUACUUUUCGUUGGCGUGCAGGUUAUGUUCGAAGUUCGCGAAGACGAGCUUCGUGCGGGCAUCAACCUGAAAUGUUGA